AUGCCGAAUCCUACGGCAGCAACAUGGGUGAAAUUUUUCACAAACGCCGAUAUUCCUUCACCGGCAGCAGCGAGCUAUGCACAUGUGUUUGUUGAAAAUCGCAUUCAAAUGGACAUGUUGAUGGAUCUUAACAAGGAAUACCUUCGUGAGAUGGGGAUCACGACAAUGGGCGACAUCAUAGCUAUUUUGCGCCAUGCAAAAAAAGUCCACGAACAGAGCGCACGGGACAAGGUGCUCGCUGUUCCGGAGGCUGAUCUGGGAGUACCGGUUGCAACGGUGGCAGCCACACCAAGUAGCGCUUCGGUCAGCAACGGACAGAAAAGGAAGAUAGAAAAGACUGGUCUCACUCGAACUGUAUCAUCUGUUGUAGGACCAUCCAUUGAACCUAAGCCACGACGCGUUCUUCCAGAACAUGAAGGAAAGUACAAAAUUACUCUACCAACGGGUAGCACACCGCGAAGUAGAGAAAUUCUUGAUAAAAAGACACUAGAUUCCAAACCAAGCAGCAAAGCGAAUGGAUCCUCAAUUCCAAAAGCGGGUACGAAGCGUGGAAGCAUUUUUGAUCGAUUAAACAACGACAACGAACCACCAAGUAAACUAAGUUCUACAGCAGAAACACUUGAUCACACCUCACUGUCAAUUUCGAGCUCAAUUUUUUCCCGCCUGGGUGAUCGCAAAGCCACCGACAGUCAAAGCUCGCCGUCAAGGACUAUUUCACAAAGUAUUCUCAAAACUUCCGUCGUCAAUGGUUCCCUUUCGGCACCGGCCAAGCUUUCUCCAUUGCAACAGAAGGUAAUUUUAGUGAAAAAGAUGCCCGCAAAAGCAGCCCUACCAUCUUCAGAUGAGGACGAAGCAAGUGACCAUUUGACAGCAGCCGGAAGUGCCAUCAAAUCGGUAUCGUUUUCAGAAGAAGACGAAGUUCUUGAAAUAGCUCCGAGAAAGCCGAAUAAACCAACUGGUUCCCCCAGUGGACGGCUAAGGUUUAACGAGAAGGAAGUAUCCAUAAAGCAGCGUCUUGGGGGAGCGGUACCGAUCCCCACCUCUAGUACUAUUCAUCGAGCAUCCCUGCACGGCACCAAGAAGAUGUUGCCGAUGAAGUUAUCACCUACCACAGUAAAAAAAAUGUCUCCGGCUCGGACGGGUCUUAAAUCUGAUUCUUUACGUGGAGUGCGAAAGCAACCGAUCAAAGCCAGGCUCAGUUUAGGAUCGCACACUACCACCACGAAACAGAUCACGAGGCGCAUAGACAGAUUCAGUCUCGAUUCAAAGCUGACUAAAAUCAGCAGAAGUGCUCCAACUAGCGUGUUUGAUCGAUUGGGAUAUAACCGUAAUUGAAUGUACUGUUCGUCCACUAAUUAUAUUUGCUUCGAAUA